AUGUCCUACAAUGAAAGAUCUGCUUUCCAGGCUGAGGUUGCUCGCGUCGAGCAGUGGUGGAAGGAUGCUCGUUUUUCGCGCGUGAAGCGACCUUACACCGCCGCACAGGUUGUCUCGAAGCGAGGGACCCUUCCCAUUUCUUACCCUUCCGACGUCCUUGCUAAAAAGCUCUGGGCUACUCUCUCCGAGCACUUUAAGAGGGGUACACCUUCACACACCUAUGGCGCCCUCGACCCUGUGCAGAUUACGCAAAUGGCCAAGUACUUGGAGACUGUCUAUGUCUCUGGCUGGCAAUCAUCGAGCACGGCAUCUAGCUCAAAUGAGCCAGGCCCUGAUCUUGCCGAUUAUCCAUCAAACACAGUACCAAACAAGGUCGAGCAUCUGUUCAUGGCUCAGCUCUUCCACGACCGCAAGCAACGGGAGGCUCGAUCGGAGUUGUCAGAUACGGAGCUUGCAUCUACACCUGUCAUUGACUAUCUUCGACCCAUCGUCGCCGACGCCGACACGGGACACGGUGGUCUUACUGCCACCAUGAAGCUCGCGAAGAUGUUCGUUGAGAAGGGUGCCGCAGGGAUUCACAUCGAAGACCAGGCGCCGGGCACGAAGAAGUGCGGACACAUGGCAGGCAAGGUGCUCGUGCCCGUGCAAGAGCACAUCAACCGGCUCAGCGCGAUCCGCCUGCAAUUCGACAUCAUGGGCGUGAACAAUCUCGUUAUUGCGCGCACAGACUCGGAGGCGGCAACGCUCAUCACGACGAACGUCGACGAGCGCGACCAUGCAUUCAUCCUCGGCUCCACUAACCCCGAUCUUCGCCCGCUCGUUGUCGUUCUCAAUGAAGCGGAGCGCGCGGGCAAGACAGGUGAAGCGCUCGAGGCGGUGGAGGAGCAGUGGAUGUCCGCGGCGAACUGCCAGCUCUUCUCGACAUCACUCGCAAACGCGCUCAAGGCACAAACCAGUGCGAACCCGAUUACCCUCGAGCGCUUCACGCGUCGCGUCGCCAGUCUGUCCUAUCCCGAGGCCAUUGCGGUCGCGAAGAAAGAGUUCGGCCUCAGGAACGUGCCGCACUGGGACUGGGACGCUCCGCGGACUCGCGAAGGAUUCUACCGCUACCAGGGCGGGACACAGGCUUCUGUAAGCCGCGCGAUUGCGUACGCACCGUACGCGGACCUAUUGUGGAUGGAGACCAAGAAGCCGAUCCUGUCCCAGGCGAAGGAGUUCGCUGAUGGUGUUCAUGCGGUAUACCCUCAGCAGUGGCUGGCGUACAACCUAAGCCCAUCGUUCAACUGGGAAGCGGCCGGUCUGAACACGAACGACAUGAAGGCGUUUGUAUGGGAGUUGGGCAAGCUCGGGUUCUGCUGGCAGUUCAUCACACUCGCUGGCCUUCACUCCAAUGCAUACAUCAACGACCUGUUUGCGAAGGCGUUCGCACAGGAGGGCAUGAAGGCCUAUGUCGAGCUAAUCCAGAGCCGUGAGCGGGAAAUUGGCUGCGAUGUACUCACUCACCAGAAGUGGAGUGGUGCGGAUUAUAUGGACAACCUCAUGAAGACGGUUACCGGCGGUGUCUCGUCCACGGCGGCAAUGGGCAAGGGCGUGACGGAAUCGCAGUUCGGAGCGAAGGCUAAGCUCUGA